AUGACGAAGAAAUUGGGAAGCAGGAGUAGAAUUAUAAACCUAAAGCUGCCGCCGGUUCUUCGAGAACACUCAGGAGGAGAAGAAGCGGAAGAAGAGGGUAGCAGGUCGCCGAAAUCGGGGGAGAUUAUCGUCGACGAGGACGAGCCUGAGGAGGUCCUCCUUCGGAGGUUCCGGCGAGAGGUCGCCAAGGCUGGAGUCAUCCAGGAGUGCCGCCGCUGCCGCCGGUUCUUCGAGAACACUCAGGAGGAGAAGAAGAGGAAGAAGAGGGUAGCAGGUCGCCGAAAUCAGGGGAGGUGGUAUGCGCCGAGAUCCAAUACUUCAUCCGCUGAUACUGAUGCUGCUAAAAAGUCUAAGGAGGAGGAUGACGAUAAUUGGGAUCUUCCGGAGGGUGAUCUUCCUUUCUAA